GGUAAUGGUUUCAUACCGGAAGCGCUGCUCGCUCACUGUUAUUCAUUCCCCAUGCAAUAUGUACCGUUACAUGCAAAAUACACCCUACCAUUCUCGCCAGCCGCUGCUCCGUGUGACGAACGCUCAACGGACGACGGCAUCGCUCGCGUACGAAAUCUAUUGUUGUCUAUGCGGGCACGCUCCCGUCGAUCGCAUGCAGACAACAUCUCGAUCGGUAUAAAUGAGUCAGUCAGCUGUCUGAUGAGCAGUGAAGUUGUUUUCCGUACCAUGACACGAGCUCGGAAAGGGAAAGGGAUGGAUUUCCUAGAACCAGAUACUGGUUCCCGCAUCCUCGAGAAGUUGAGGAUGCAGAGAGCAGACGAGAAAUACUGUGACAUCGUUCUCAAUGUGGAAGGAAAGGUGUUCAAAGCACACCGAAAUGUUUUGGCUGCGUGUAGCCCGUACUUCGAUACUAUGUGCAAUAGCGGGCUGGAGGAGGACAAAGUGGAUACAGCCGUAGCGACGAUUGAGUGUACGUCCGCUGAAGCGAUGGACGAGAUUUUGAACUACAUGUAUACAGGAAAAAUCUCGAUUAAUGCCACCAACGUGGAGUCAAUUUUGAGAGGGGCCGACCCUUUUCUGAUGACUGCUUUGAAGGAAUAUUGCUACCAGUUCAUGUGGCAAAAUAUGGAUGCCUCAAAUGUCUUGGCAGUGAGGCAGUUGUCAGAUUUGUACGGCUUUGCGGAUUUGUACGGAAGAUCACAGCAGUUCAUUCGAAAUCAGUUCAUGCAGGUUAUUCAACAUUCCAUGGAAGAUGUUCUCAGGCUUAGCUAUGAAGAUAUCCUUGAACUCAUUACCGAUGAAAAAAUCAGGGUAGAAAAGGAGGAGUGCAUCUAUGACAUUGUCGUUCAGUGGGUCAAGUUUGACCUAGCUUUCCGCAAACCUCUCUUUCCACGUUUGUUGCCUCACGUGCGCAUGCCCCAUCUGGGGCGAGAGUUUCUCAUGACUAUUGUUGAGAAAGAGGAACUUGUUUCCGCUUUUGGUGAGUGCAGGAACAUGUUGGCUGAAGCAAAGCAUCAGACGGAUACCACGAGACGGAGUUACUGCAGUGACAGUCCGGUACUGAAGCCACGCAAAGGACGUUUGACGGAUGUUGUCGUCAUGAUCGGUGGUGUAUCGGAGCAGGGUCCUCUGGCUGAUUGCUUUGCCUACCUCAUCAAUGAAAACCGGUGGAGCUCACUCCCACCGCUCCCCAAUGAGCUGCGAUUCCAUGCAACAACCAUUAUGAACAACUGUAUGUAUGUGGCCGGUGGAACAAGCAACCAGCUUACAACGAGUAAGGUGCAUUGUUACGACCCCAUAACCAACUGCUGGAAUGAAGUGGCCUAUCUACAAACUCCUCGUGAAUACCUCUCUCUUGUGCCUUGUGAUGGUCAUCUCUAUGCUCUUGGUGGUCUGCGCUGGGAUCGCGUCCAGCAGAGUGUUGAACGUUACGAUCCUGAUGCUGACAAGUGGUGUUGCGUCUCCCAGAUGCCUACGAAGCGCUACAACAUGCAAGUGGUGUCUGUUGGCAACAGGUACGUCUACGCCAUUGCCGGGAGAGACUCGUCACGCAGAUCGACUCCUAUCGUUGAACGCUACGACACGAAGACAGACGAGUGGACUUCUGUGGCACCCAUCCCUACCAAAGAUGGCCUCUGGGAAUGUCCCGUCGUGGAAGUCUACCAAGGCCAAAUAUACGUCACAGACCUCUCGACCAAAGCCUACAGACUAAACGUCGAGCGCAAUGCGUGGGUUGAGGCCCAGUGCAAGUUUGCACGGAUACCGGAGAGAACUUGUUUCCAGUACUGUGCCAUUAAUCGCAAUGUCUUCAUCUUUGGCGGAUGGGGUGAGCGAUCCAACAAUUCACCCAUCUCCGAUGCCUGUAUAUUCAACCAGGAGCUGGGCUUAUGGAGCAACAUAGCUCCGCCUCCUGCCUCGACCUUAGCCUCUGCUUGCUGCUUUCUCCAGGUGCCAUAUGAAUUCCUCUCAGAGAAUGGAACAUGAUAAUCACAUUCCAUGGAAAAGAUCCUUACAAAAAAGGCUUGCUUGCAGCUACCAAAAUUUGGAUGCGUAUCCAUCGGCAACGCAUCUUUGUUCACCCGCAUCCCAUCCUCCACACACAAGUCAACACUCCACGAUCAACCCUGUCCUCUCGCUGCUCACACACGCCCGGAGUAGAAGAGAAGAAUUAGCAGAAUCACUCGCAGACGUCCACAUCUGGGGAAGAUGAGCAUCACCAGAUGUCAUCCUGGACCCCGUUUCAUCAAACUUGUUAUCAAUAACAAGUUACAAGCUACUGUUAUAAGCUACUGAAUCAUGGCAUCUGAUUGGCUGAGAGCAGAUUUGUCAUUGAAAUUUAGCAGUUGUUAUAGAUAAAAAGUUUUAUGAAACGGGGCCCCUCGCCUGGCUUGGUGAUGAGAAAACAUCUCGCUGUCCCAUCCAUACACAACAAACUCCAACCAAAUCCAACAUUGUUUGCAUCACGACUCCAGCAUCAUAUAGUCUUAGAGUCUGGUGCUUCCAGACAUCAUUCCAGCCAUAUGGGACUACUCAUCAGUCAUCGGUCCCUGUCCAGAGUUUGUUUUAGGCGCAAGCGAUACUCUGUAAAGCAGAAGCUUCCGGAGACACGCAUCAAGAAGAUCUCCAAAGUCAACGGCAGCAUGACCCUCCCUCCCUCUGUGCCGAUGUUUUUCUUCUUCUCCUCGCUGUCUGCGCGGAGAAGGGGAAAAACAACAGAGUACACAGGGGAAAAGAAUUGUUUGUAAGAUUUGAGAGUACUUGACCAAACACUGGAGUUCUACGUAGUCAUGCAUCUUUUGUUGUCACUCUGUUAUGCUGUGUCGAGGGUGUAUUCUAUUUUGUGAAAUCAGUUGUAAUCCAUGUAUGAGUGAUGUGUGAAGACAGUAUUCUUGAAGCAAAUGUAUUCACAUUCAAAACAACUAGGUUCAUCCAUUAUGUAUUCAUGCCAGCAUUUAAUCUAAGACAUUUAAUUCAUCAAUCAUUACGACAAAUAUGAGAAAUGAGCAGAAUAAUCUCAGUAUAAAUAAACCCUUUUGUUCUGGAAGCAAAUGUAUUCACAUUCAAAACAACUAGGUUCAUUAUGUAUUCAUGCCAGCAUUUAAUCUAAGACAUUUAAAUCAUCAAUCAACAAAGCAAAUAUGGGAAAUGAGCAGAAUGAUCUCAGUAUAAAUGAACCCUUCGGUGGCCAUUCUCUUCUCUAUUUGUGUGCAUACUACUGGGCUAUGAACAAAAGAAUUCCCAAGCUCGGCAAUCAAUGAGUUAAGGAAAUAGUCGUGAGCAAUCUUAUCUUGACUUGAUUGA